GUCCUUGCCUCCCUCAUCGAUCGCCGCCGCCUGUCUCCUCCCAUUUUUCAGUUCCUCAUCUCGUUCUCCUAGGAUCAGCGGAGCUGAAUCAGUCUCUGUUCGGGAAUUCGAUAGAUCCGACAAGGCUCUGCUUUCCUUAGCUGAUUCAGAUCUUGGCUGUUGAGAUGGCAUCAUCAACAGCUGGAGCCACAGGAUGGUUAAGAGGGAGAGUGAAAGCCGUUCCAUCAGGGGACAGCUUGGUGAUAAUGGCCAUAACUAGCAACAGGCCUGGACCUCCACCUGAAAAGACCAUCACUCUGUCAUCCCUCAUUGCUCCAAGACUGGCCCGUAGAGGAGGUAGUGAUGAGCCAUUUGCAUGGGACAGUAGGGAAUAUCUGAGGCAGCUCUGCAUAGGACAGGAAGUCACUUUCAGAGUGGAGUAUGCAGUCCCUAGUAUAGGCAGGGACUUUGGCUCAGUUUUCCUUGGUGAUAAAAAUGUCGCGAUGGAGAUUGUUUCCAAGGGCUGGGCAAAGGUCAAGGAACAGGGGCAGCAGAAAGGUGAGGCUAGUCCAUUUCUUGCUGAACUGAUUCGUCUUCAAGAUGAAGCUAGAGAGCAAGGUCUUGGUUGUUUUAAAAAGGCACCAGGUGCUGCUGAAGCUUCCAUCAGGAAUCUACCUCCGUCUUCCAUUGGUGAUUCCAGUAACUUUGAUGCCAAGGGUCUUGUAGAUGCAAAUAAGGGUAAGACCUUGAAAGCUAUUGUUGAGCAGGUUCGUGAUGGGAGUACCGUUCGGGUGUAUUUGCUACCUGAUUUUCAGUUUGUCCAAGUGUUUGUUGCCGGAAUCCAGGCCCCAUCAAUGGGUAGAAGGCCUACAUCAGAAACUAUAGUUGAAAAAGAAAUUACUGCUGUUGAAGCCAAUGGAGGUGUUUCAGCUGAACCUCGAGCUCCCUUGACAUCUGCACAGAGACUUGCAGGCUCAACAGGAGCUGGUACUGAAGUUGCUCCUGAUCCAUAUGCACUGGAAGCCAAAUAUUUUACAGAAUUUCGUGUUUUGAGUAGAGAUGUCCGCAUUGUUCUGGAGGGUGCUGACAAAUUCAACAAUUUGGUUGGCUCGGUACAUUAUCCGGAUGGUGAAACAUCUAAGGACCUGGCACUUGAGCUUGUGGAAAAUGGUUUGGCUAAGUAUCUCGAUUGGAGUGCAAAUAUGAUGGAAGAAGAUGCCAAGCGGCGUUUGAAGAAUGCAGAGCUUCAAGCGAAGAAAAGCAGAUUGAGGAUGUGGAUGAACUUUGUACCUCUGCCUACAAAUUCAAAGGCAAUUCAUAAUCAAAACUUCACAGGAAAGGUGGUAGAGGUUGUUAGUGGGGACUGCAUUAUCGUUGCUGAUGAUUCUGUCCCAUAUGGCAGUCCUUUAGCAGAGCGACGGGUCAAUCUUUCAAGUAUUAGGUGUCCAAAACUCAGGGAUAGGGAAAAUGAUGGUAAGCCAGAACCCUAUGCCCGGGAAGCAAGGGAGUUUCUCAGAACACGCCUUAUUGGCCAACAAGUGAGUGUUCAAAUGGAAUAUUCUAGGAAGGUGAGCACGGCUGAUGUAACUGCAGCUGCAUCUGGCCCAGCAGAUUCAAGAGUGAUGGAUUUUGGGUCAGUUUUUCUCUUAUCACCUGUGAAAGGUGAUGAAGAUGUUUCUUCUCCAGCAGCUCCAUCCACUGCUGGCAGCCAGCCUGCUGGGGUGAAUGUUGCUGAGCUGGUUGUUGCACGUGGUUUUGGCAAGGUGGUUAGACAUAGGGAUUUUGAGGAAAGAUCAAACUAUUAUGAUGCUCUUAUGGCUGCUGAGUCGCGUGCUAUGGCAGGGAGGAAAGGCCAACAUUCUGGCAAGCAGGCUCCAGUCUCACACAUUACAGACCUUACAACGUCAUCAGCAAAGAAAGCCAAGGAUUUCUUGCCAUUCCUACAUCGUGGCAGGAGGAUUCCCGCUGUUGUGGAAUACGUCCUCAGUGGUCAUCGAUUUAAGUUGUUGAUCCCAAAGGAGACUUGCAGCAUUGCCUUUUCGUUCUCUGGUGUCAGAUGUCCUGGCCGCGGUGAACCCUAUUCAGAUGAUGCUAUGGCACUAAUGAGACGUAAGAUUAUGCAGAGAGAUGUUGAGAUAGAGGUGGAAACUGUUGAUCGAACUGGAACCUUUUUGGGAUCCUUAUGGGAGUCAAGAACCAAUAUGGCAGUGACACUGCUUGAAGCUGGCCUGGCCAGACAUCAGGCUUCAUUUGGCACUGACAGGAUUCCUGAUGCACAUCUUCUUGAACAGGCAGAACAAUCUGCCAAGAGGCAGAAAUUGAAAAUUUGGGAGAACUAUGUUGAAGGAGAGGAGGUGUCCAAUGGUACAGCAGCUGUAAUAGAAAGCAAACAGAAAGAGGUGUUAAAGGUUGUGGUAACAGAAGUCUUGGGUGGUGGAAAAUUUUAUGUUCAAACAGUUGGUGAUCAGAGAGUAGCAUCUAUUCAGCAACAGCUUGCAUCUUUAAAUAUUCAAGAUGCUCCUGUACUUGGUGCCUUCAAUCCUAAUAAGGGUGACAUUGUCCUUGCUCAGUUUAGUGUGGAUAAUUCUUGGAAUCGAGCAAUGAUUGUCAACGCGCCACGUGGAGGUGUUCAGUCCCCUAAAGACAAGUUUGAGGUGUUCUAUAUUGAUUAUGGAAACCAGGAGGAGGUUGCGUACAGUCAGUUACGUCCUCUUGAUUCUUCAGUAUCUGCAGCACCAGCUCUUGCUCAGUUGUGCAGCCUUGCAUACAUAAAGGUUCCAGGUUUGGAAGAUGAGUAUGGUACUGAGGCAGCUCAAUUUUUGAGUGAGCAGACCAUGGGCAGUACCCAUGAGUUUAGGGCCAAGGUAGAGGAUAGGGACACUUCUGGAGGGAAAGUCAAGGGGCAGGGAUCUGGAACAGUUCUCAUUGUAACUCUUGUUGCGGUGGAUGCAGAGAUCAGUGUAAACACUGCAAUAUUACAGGAAGGACUUGCUAAGAUGGAGAAAAGGAGGAAAUGGGAUUCCAAAGAUAGACAGUUGGCACUUGAUAAUUUAGAGAAGUUCCAGAGCGAAGCGAAAACCGGUAGGCGUGGAAUUUGGCAGUAUGGAGAUGUGGAAUCUGACGAUGAGGACACACUUCCUCCAACUGCUGCCAAGAAGGCCGGUGGUCGCCGAUGAGUGUAAUUUUAAUCAUUUGAAGAUGAAGCUUCAGACGGAAACAACUAAGUGGUUGAGGUGAGUUAAAUCAUACUCUCACAUAUCCCCUUUCGGAACUAGGAGAACGGAAUACUGUAAGAGUAAACUUAAAUUUUGUUUUAUUUUCCUGUUUUAGACGCUUUUUUCCUUUUAGUUUUCUCUGCAGCUUAGGGAGACAAUUUUUUUUUUUUACACCGAUCGUAAUAAAGUGAACUGUAAUUGGGUUGUUAUUGGAUUUGAAAAGUUCUCAAUCUACUAUCAAUACUCCUCAAUUUAUUAUCAUUACUCCUAAAAGAAAUAAGCUUUAAUGUUAUUAUAUGAUUAUUCUUUUCAUUAGGAGUUCAUCGAAAGUCUGGCCGCUGGUUGGUCAACCGGCAACCGCCCUUGAAUAUAUAACUGCAAGGUCCGGGAUUAUGAUAUAAACCUCCGGCCGUUCUUGUCAAUUCGGCAAUAGAAUUUGCUGACAAUU